GGGCCGGCGAGCGGCGCAGGCGCGCAGGGGGCGCCGGGCGCUGUGAGGGGCUGCGGCCGGCCUGCGUGAGUUUGCGGCGCUUUGGGAAAAAGUUUGGCCUCUGCUCGAGUCUCCGGCCGGAUCCUGGAAAACGGUUGGGAUGGCGCCUGUAAAACCAGCGAAAUCCUCUCUUUUUGUUCCCCCCGCGGAUCUGCUGCUGGAGUAAUUUUCUGUGCGGGUUCGGGACGUGGAGUGGGGUAAAAAUGCCUGAGAUCAAAGUCACUCCCUUGGGUGCUGGGCAGGACGUGGGCAGGAGCUGCAUCCUGGUGUCCAUCGCUGGCAAGAACGUGAUGCUGGACUGUGGGAUGCACAUGGGCUACAACGAUGACAGGCGCUUCCCUGACUUCUCCUACAUCACCCAGAACGGAAGGCUGACCGAUUUCCUGGACUGUGUCAUCAUCAGCCACUUCCACCUGGACCACUGUGGGGCUCUGCCCUAUUUCAGCGAGAUGGUGGGCUACGACGGCCCCAUCUACAUGACCCACCCCACCAAGGCCAUCUGCCCCAUCCUGCUGGAGGACUACAGGAAAAUCACCGUGGACAAGAAAGGGGAAACCAACUUCUUCACCUCCCAGAUGAUCAAAGACUGCAUGAAGAAGGUGGUGGCUGUGCACCUCCACCAGACGGUGCAGGUGGAUGAGGAGCUGGAGAUCAAGGCCUACUAUGCAGGGCACGUGCUGGGAGCUGCCAUGUUCCAGAUCAAGGUCGGCUGUGAGUCCGUGGUGUACACUGGUGAUUACAACAUGACACCAGACAGACACCUGGGAGCUGCCUGGAUUGAUAAAUGCCGCCCCGACCUGCUGAUCAGCGAAUCCACCUACGCCACCACCAUCCGGGAUUCCAAACGCUGCAGGGAGAGGGAUUUCCUGAAGAAAGUCCACGAGACCGUGGAAAGAGGAGGGAAGGUUCUCAUCCCGGUUUUUGCCCUUGGCCGUGCCCAGGAGCUUUGUAUUUUAUUGGAAACUUUCUGGGAAAGGAUGAACCUGAAAGCUCCAAUUUACUUCUCCACGGGCCUGACAGAGAAGGCCAACCAUUACUACAAACUCUUCAUCACCUGGACUAACCAGAAAAUCCGGAAAACUUUUGUGCAGAGGAACAUGUUCGAGUUCAAACACAUCAAAGCCUUCGACAGAGCCUUCGCAGACAACCCAGGGCCCAUGGUGGUGUUUGCAACCCCUGGAAUGCUCCAUGCAGGACAAUCCCUCCAAAUCUUCAGGAAAUGGGCAGGGAAUGAGAAGAACAUGGUGAUCAUGCCUGGCUACUGCGUCCAGGGAACUGUGGGCCACAAGAUCCUCAGUGGGCAAAGGAAGCUGGAGAUGGAAGGAAGACAAAUUCUGGAAGUGAAGAUGCAGGUGGAGUACAUGUCCUUCAGUGCCCACGCCGACGCCAAGGGCAUCAUGCAGCUGAUCCGCCAGGCUGAGCCCAGGAAUGUGCUCCUGGUCCACGGCGAGGCCAAGAAAAUGGAAUUCCUGAAGCAGAAAAUCGAGCAGGAAUUCCAUGUCAGCUGCUUCAUGCCAGCCAAUGGAGAGACCACCACCAUCCUCACCAACCCCUGCAUCCCUGUGGACAUCUCCCUGGGCCUCCUCAAAAGGGAAACAGCCAUAGGUCCUUUGCCAGAUGCCAAGAAGCCGAAGCUGAUGCACGGCACGUUGCUCAUGAAGGACAACAGUUUCCGGCUGGUUUCCCCCGAGCAGGCGCUGAAGGAGCUGGGGCUGGCGGAGCAUCAGCUGCGCUUCACGUGCCGCGUGCACAUCCAGGACCCGCGCAAGGAGCACGAGACCGUGCUCAGGGUCUACAACCACCUCAAGGGGAUCCUGAAGGAUUACUCAGUGCAGCAUCUCCCUGAUGGCUCCAUCACCGUGGAGUCCAUCCUGAUCCAGGCCACGGCGCACUCGGAGGAUCAGGGAACCAAAGUCCUGCUCGUGUCCUGGACCUGGCAGGAUGAGGAGCUUGGCAGUUACCUGACGUCCCUCCUGAAGAAGGGGCUGCCCCAGAGCACCCCCUGAGAGCAGAGCCCAGCCCAGGAAGCUGAAGAACAACUGCAAAAACCUCGACUCCAGCUACUCCUGCGCUGUGGCUGCUCAGAAGGGGACAGACCUGAGCCUGCAGCUCGAUGAAAACCCAACCCAAGGACGAAUAUUUCGUAUUUCUGUGCCCUGUGAGGACUAAAAUGAUAAAUUUGGGUGGAAGUUGGACUUACCAGAGCUCAGGCCAGGCGCAGGAGGAGACCCCGGGCUCCCCGGAGCUGUCGGCUCCGUCACUGCUGAGGGACACGAACCACAGGAAGCCACCAAGAGCUGCCACUGCGACGUCCCCCAAAGCGUGCAGGGAGCCCCGGCGGGGCUUUGGGGCUCCCCAAAAAUCCCCCCAAAAGCAGCCCAGACCCCCCUGGAGCCAGCCCUGACCCGCUCCCAGCUGGGCCUGGAGCUGCAAUCCCCAUUUUCUCAAAGCACAACCAGACCCCCAACAGCUCCCAAGAGAGCAGAACUCCUCCAGAGCUGUGCUGGGAAUGAUUCCCUGAGGAAAUAAAGAAAGUGGAGACACAAAAAUCCCAGCCCUGAGGGGAAAAAAAGACAAUGGAGGCACAAAAAUCCCAGCCCUGA